GACACAAAGAGAGGGGGUUUUGGGAGAAAGAAAAAGAGGAGUAUGAAAAUAUCAGUUGGAGACACGAUGAAUUUCCAAGCAGCCUUUGGAGGAUUUAAUGGCGUUUCUUCUUCUCCUUCUCUCUUACUCUUCUUCUUCUUGUUACUGUCCUCGUCCUCUCUGAUAAUUACAACAGAAGCCCAGCCAUCGCCAUUGCCCCUUUACAAGGAUCCUAAAGCUCCAUUAGAGGAGAGGGUUGCCGACCUUUUGUCUCGAAUGACACUCGCAGAGAAGAUUGGGCAAAUGACUCAGAUUGAUCGCUCCACGGCCAACCCUGAGCUUCUAAUGCGCCUUAACAUUGGGAGCGUUUUGAGUGGGGGUGGUAGCAUACCUGCCCCAAAAGCAUCCCCUGCAAUGUGGGCAGACAUGAUCGAUGGCCUACAAAAUGCGGCGCUGGCCACGAGGCUCGGCAUCCCGAUAAUCUACGGUAUAGAUGCAGUUCAUGGCCAUAACAAUGUCUAUGGUGCCACUAUCUUUCCCCAUAAUAUCGGCCUCGGUGCCACAAGUGACAGGGACCUGGUUAGGAGGAUAGGUAAAGCAACGGCUCUAGAAGUUAGAGCAACAGGGAUACCAUAUACAUUCGCUCCUUGCCUCGCAGUAUGUCGUGAUCCAAGAUGGGGACGUUGUUAUGAGAGUUACAGUGAAGACACAGAGGUGGUGAGAAGCAUGGCGGAUAUCAUAUUGGGUUUGCAGGGUGUCCCACCACCAUCUCAUCCUAGAGGCUACCCCUUCAUGGCUAUGUCGGGGCUUAGGAUGAUUUGGCAUGUUUUCAAAAUUGUGGGAUUCGUGAUAUCAGACUGGGAAGGCAUUGAUAGGCUUGAGAAUGGUGCCAACUACAAGGAGAAAGUGAAAGCAGCCAUUGCUGCAGGUAUUGACAUGGUCAUGGCGCCCUACACUUUUCAAGAGUUCAUCAACGAUCUAACAGAAAUUGUGAAUGAGGGUCACAUUCCGAUGGCCAGGAUUGAUGAUGCUGUAAGGAGGAUCCUCAGAGUGAAAUUUGUUGCAGGCCUAUUCGAACAACCCAUGACUGAUAGGUCCCUUAUGGACAUAGUUGGACACAAGACCCAUCGAGAAUUGGCACGUGAGGCUGUGAGAAAAAGCCUGGUUUUGUUGAAGAAUGAGAAGGCCGGUAAACCAAUGCUUCCCUUGAGCAAGAAGGCCCCCAAGAUUUUGGUUGCCGGCUCCCAUGCCCACAAUUUGGGUUACCAAUGUGGAGGAUGGACCAUCACUUGGGCUGGUAAUGGAGGCAACACAACCAUUGGAACUACAAUCCUAGAAGGGGUCAAAGCCUCAAUGAGCAAGAAGACCCAUGUGGUGUAUGAAGAGAGGCCUAACGAGAGAUUCUUUGAGAACAACACCGGAUUUUCAUAUGCAAUCGUUGCGGUUGGUGAGACCCCUUAUGUUGAGAGUGGAGGCGACAACUCUGACCUCACCAUACCCUCAGGUGGUAUCGAGACUUUAAGGACCGUGUGCACGAAUGUAAGGUGCUUGGUUCUCCUUGUGUCAGGCAGGCCCUUAGUGAUUGAGCCAUACUUGAUUGAAAUGGAUGCCCUUGUGGCUGUGUGGCUUCCUGGUAGUGAGGGAGGAAGAGGGAUAGCUGAUGUUAUAUUUGGUGGCCAUGAGUUCCGCGGUCGAUUAUCAAGGUCUUGGUUCCGAAGAGUUGAUCAGUUGCCUAUGAAUAUAGGGGAUGAGCAUUAUGAUCCACUAUUUCCAUUUGGGUAUGGGUUACAGAUGAAUCUCAAGGCAGGGCACUCUCUGUCUCAUGAGAUCCGAAGGCCUUCAUCGUCUUCACCACCACUACCAUCAUUGACAUUUUCUUUUUCUUCACUGUAGUCAUAAUAGUCAUAAUUGUUGUCAUUUGCAUUUUAAGUUUCACCAUCUAACUCAUUGAUGCAUGUAUGAAUCGUAGGCAUUGUAAGCAUUUUUUUUUUUUUCCUGUUCUUUGUAGUUGAGUGUUGUAAGCACCUGUAAAUUUGUGUUUUUGAACUUGGGUGAUUUGUGAAUAGAAUUCAG